CAGAUACAAAACGACAUUCACCAUGUCAGUGGUUCAGAGCGACACUGAGGAAGGCCCGACGGCACGUGUGAAUCGGUCUAGAGACCCUCUUACUUCUUUUCUCAUACAUACACGAGGCGAGGAGGGUGCAGACGUGGAAGCUAGGCUACAUCUUCAGAGUCUCAGGCACAAUUAUCACCACGGCGUAAUGAACGGCAUUGCCCACGAGUAUGCCUAUGGCACUUGGGGCUUUAUCGUACUACGCAUCGUCUACACGCCAGAGUCAGACCACCUCUUUCCCCAGGCUAUCAAAAAACUCAAGAAAUGGGUGCAUUGUGAGCUCCACGCGCCGCGAUUUUGUGGGUGUGGCGCCUACGGCGAAUCCAGGAAGAUGCCAAACCCCGUUUACAAUACGAGCUGUGGAAGCGCUUUCACCUAGACGUGGUGGAAGAUCGAGCUUUGUUACAGUGCGAUGAUCCCACACCAAAAAAAGAUCAGACCCGGCUAAGCAACUUCUUCCGGGGAUGGGUCGCGUCCAAGGAAAAUGCGUCCGACUGCUCCUAUAACCCACGAUUCUUAGACUUCAUUCUUAUCGACAACGAGUCAAUGCAGUCCCUCGUCGGGCUUUCCGACGAGACACCACCCCUCAAGGUAUUUUCCACCAGGAAAGAGGCUGCCGAAUG